CAUCUCGACCAUGAAGGCCAAGGUGCCCAUCAUCAGUCCAGCCACGGUGGACCUCACCAAGGAGCAGACGGUGACCUUCUCCGAGGGCACGACCACCGUGGAGUCCAUCAGCCACUCCGUCUCCGUGGAGCUCCAGGUCCCGCCCAACCACUCCUGCGCCGUGAGGAUGGACGGACGGAAGAUGACGGCUGACAUCCCCUUCAUCGGCAGACUGAGCAGGACCAACCACAGAGGAGAAACCCACUGGACCUACAUCACCGGCACCUACAACGACCUGAGCGUGGGCGAGGUCAACGCGGUGGUGGAGCGGUGUCAGCCCG